AUUUGCCUACUGGCUGGGAAGAAGCAUAUACUUUUGAAGGUGCAAGAUACUAUAUAAACCAUAAUGAAAGGAAAGUGACCUGCAAACACCCAGUCACAGGACAGCCAUCGCAGGACAACUGUAUUUUUGUGGUGAAUGAACAGACUGUUGCAACAAUGACAUCUGAAGAAAAGAAGGAACGACCUAUAAGUAUGAUAAAUGAAGCUUCUAACCAUAAUAUGUCUUCAGAUUAUGCAGUACAUCCAAUGAGCCCUGUAGGACGAACUUCACGAUCUUCAAAAAAAGUGCAUAAUUUUGGAAAGAGGUCAAAUUCAAUUAAAAGAAAUCCUAAUGCACCUGUGGUCAGACGCGGUUGGCUUUAUAAACAGGACAGCACUGGCAUGAAACUGUGGAAGAAACGCUGGUUCGUGCUUUCUGACCUUUGCCUCUUCUAUUAUAGAGAUGAGAAGGAAGAGGGCAUCCUGGGGAGCAUUCUCUUGCCCAGCUUUCAGAUCGCGCUGCUCACCUCCGAGGACCAUAUUAAUCGCAAGUAUGCUUUCAAGGCAGCCCAUCCAAACAUGCGGACCUAUUAUUUCUGCACUGAUACAGGAAAGGAAAUGGAGUUGUGGAUGAAAGCCAUGUUAGAUGCUGCCCUCGUACAGACGGAGCCUGUGAGAAGAGUGGACAAGAUAACAUCUGAAAGUGCAUCAACUAAAGAAACAAAUAACAUUCCCAACCAUAGAGUGCUAAUUAAACCAGAGGCCCAAAACAACCAAAAAAACAAGGAAAUAAGCAAACUUGAAGAAAAAAAGGCAUUAGAAGCUGAAAAAUACGGAUUUCAAAAGGAUGGUCACGAUAGACCUUUAACAAAAAUUAAUAGUGUCAAGUUGAAUUCUGUGCCCUCCGAAUAUGACGGUGGGUCGACGUGCCCAGCUCAGGUUGCACCCUACCGACCAGUCACCGUGAACAGUGCAGAGCACAGAACAGUCAACGUGAGCAUGGCAGACCUGCGAGGUGGAAAUCACCCCAACACAGGGCCCUCACACCCGGAGGCUGACCGAGUCAUACAGAGGACGAAUUCCAUGCAGCAGUUGGAACAGUGGAUUAAAAUCCAGAAGGGGAGAAGUCGUGACGAAGAAACUAGAGGAGUGAUUUCUUACCAAACAUUGCCGAGAAAUAUGCCGAGCCACCGAGCCCAGGUGGUGGCCCGCUACCCAGAAGGCUACAGGACCCUCCCCCGGAACAGCAAGACCAGGCCCGAAAGCAUCUGCGGGGCGGCGCCUCCCAGCCGGGACCAGAUCGGGGCACCUGCGGCCGAGGAGAAGCGGAGGUCCAUGCGGGACGACACCAUGUGGCAGCUCUACGAGUGGCAGCAGCGGCAGUUUUACCACAAGCAGAGCACCCUCCCGCGACACAGCUCGCUGAGCAGUCCUAAGACCAUGGGUAACCUCUCCGACCAGAUGCACUCCAUCCCCGCGUCGCCCUCACAUGGCUCCAUCGCCGCCUACCAGGGCUACUCCCCGCAGCGGACGUACAGAGCCGACGUGACGUCUCCCACUCAGAGAGGGGACGUGACCAUAGACCGCAGGCACCGGGCUCCCCACCCCAAGCAUGUCCGUGUGCCUGACAGAAGGUCCGUGCCAGCCGGCCUGACUUUACAGUCUGUUAGUCCCCAGAGCCUCCAAGGCAAAACGCCAGAGGAGCUUACGCUGCUGCUAAUAAAGCUGAGACGGCAGCAAGCUGAACUGAGUAGUAUCCGGGAGCAUACGUUAGCACAGCUCAUGCAGAUCAAACUUGAGGCCCACAGCCCGAAGAAUGAAAUGCUUUCCCAUCAUCUUCAAAGGAACACCAUAUAUUUGGAUCACCAGAUGAAAGAAAAUGAACCUAUUAUCACCAUGGUUCACACAAUGAUUGAGAACUCGGCGCUAAGACCACAACUGUACCAGCAACUGUCACAAGAUGAAUGCAGAGGUACAUUAUACAAAUACAGACCUGAAGACGUAGAUAUCGAUGCCAAAUUAAGCCGAUUAUGUGAACAAGAUAAAGUGGUACACGCGCUGGAAGAAAAACUUCAGCAGCUGCACAAGGAGAAAUACACGCUGGAGCAGGCCCUGCUCUCGGCCAGCCAGGAGAUCGAGAUGCACACGGCCGACCCCGCAGCCAUCCAGACGGUGGUGCUGCAGCGGGACGACCUGCAGAACGGGCUGCUCAGCACCUGCCGGGAGCUCUCGCGGGCCACUGCCGAGCUGGAGCGCGCGUGGCGAGGCUGCGACAAGCUGGAGCACGACGUGACGGUCGUCAGGGCCCAGGUGCAGGAGCGGCUGGAGCGCCUCGGCGAGGUCCAGAGCGAGUCGGCGGGCAUCGAGCGUGCGCAGCUGCAGAAGGAGCUCUGGCGCAUCCAGGAUGUGGUCGAGGGGCUCAGCAAGCACAAGCAGCUGCGAGGCAUGGCCGAGCCAGGAGCAGCAGGAGCAAAACCUUUCCCAACAGUUAAGUACAAAAAUGAGGAAGAGGAAGUAGCCCCACCUCGUCCUCCACUUCCUCGGUCCUAUGACUUUACAGAGCAGCCUCCCAUAGUCCCCCCUCUGCCCAGUGACAGCAGCUCCUUGCUCUGUUAUAGCAGGGGCCCUGUGCAUCUGCCGGAAGACAAGAAGCCUCACCAAGUGCAAGGGCACCCACGAAAUGGAUCUCACUGUGGUCCAGAUUAUAGACUCUACAAGAGUGAGCCCGAGUUAACAACUGUGGCAGAAGUUGAUGAGUCGAAUGGGGAAGAAAAAUCAGAACCUGUGUCGGAGAUGGAAAGUCCAGCUGUUAAAGGCUCCCACUUCCCUAUUGGCAUCGUCCCUCCCAGAACAAAGUCACCAACACCUGAGUCCUCAACAAUAGCCUCAUACGUGACCUUGAGGAAGACUAAGAAGAUGCUGGACCUCAGAACGGAGAGGCCGCGCAGUGCUGCGCAGAGUUUGGGGACUGAUGGGUGUUGCCUGCGGGAGCGGAAGCGCGCACUCACCGUGCCAGGCCCAGGGCCCAGUGCUGCGGACCAGGGGCCCUUGCAGAACCCCUCGAGCACCAGGGAGAACCCGGCCAGGGCCCCACAGGCCCGGAGGGACAAUAACGUGAAGGAGCUGGACGCUGUUGGUAGAGAAAAUGACAUAAAGCCAAGCUGUGACACUCCCGCUGCAGAAAUCGUCCGACUAAGAGAAGCUGAGCCCCAAAAUAUGGAUUAUAGCCAAGAGUUUAAAAGAACUGAAAGUGUUUUUUAUGAGACGAUUUCCACACCUGAGCCAAAUGGAGUAUAUUCUGAAGAAGUGACGGAAAAAGAAAGUAUCAACGAAAAGAUACCUGAGGAUGUAACAUACAGCCCUGAAGGUGAGAUGCAGACUCCAAAUCAUAAACCGGAAGGCCGUCAUGAGGAAUACGUGAAGGACAGCAUUCACGAAGAGGAAGAAAGGGUUACUUCUCAGUCGUCGACUCCUGAGAUUUCCAGAGAAAACCAAACCCCGGCAGGGAAAAGUCUGCCCCCACCUCUGGAGCCGGAGCCCGGGCCUGCGCCGUCGCUCCCGCCUGCCCAGCCAUCGCUCCCGCCUGCCCAGCCACCGCUCCCGGAAGGCUCGCACUUCAUGUGUGUGUAGCUCCAACUCCCCUCCCUUCUGUUGAAUCCACUCACGGACCUUCAGCAGUGUAAGAAGAUGUUGUACAGUAUAUUUUAAAUCUAUGAAAUUCAUAGUUCUGAUGCUUUUGACCCCGGAGCAUCGUUGUAUCACGUCUGGAAAAUGUUCAUUCCAGAACAGCUUCAAGGCCCACGCACACGCCGUCGCCGUCAGCGUCCCUCGCCAGCUCACCGCCCGCCGCCUUGGUCCAAGCACAGGAGCAGCGCUGCUCACCGUGCAGUCGCGCUGGGGCUUUCUCAGCUGCUGGUCUCCAGAUCUGAGCUUUCUUAAGUCUAGGUGAAUUUAUAUUUCUUUUUGCUUUUCGGUACAUAAAAGUUAGCUAUUAUUUUCAAUGAUGCUUGUCUUUUGUUUGUUUGUUUUCCUUCUCCCCAUUUUGGCUACUGCAAUGCUUUAUUUCACUCUUGAUUUGUAAAAAUUUUAUAUAUAUAUAUUUAAAAUGUGCCAUUUUCGUACUGCUAAGUGAAGUACGUCCUGUUUUCCGCUUUCUUUCUCAGAUUGCAAUGUCAGCAGUAACUGCCACUUGUCAGUUUAAACACAAAUGUUAUUGCUUACCUUUUCUUAAAAAAAAAACAAAAGUAGGUAUCUUGAAGUACUGGACUUAUACUUCAUUGGAAUAGGUAUGUACAGCAAUAAGCAGGUUUUCAAAUCCAGUACUUAGUUUGUGUACAAAUGUAAUUAUGUUCAUUGUGUAUAUAUUAUACAAUGAGCACAUGUAAUGUAUUAAAGGCUACUUACUAUUGUUUAAAUGCAAAUGUUCAUAUCUCAUUUCUUUUUUAUCAUGUUAAAUAAAUGUUGAUGUUCUUAGAUCA